CCACUCCCCUCGCCAGCCCCUCCCCUUGUGGGAGUUCCUCCGGGAGGGCCAAUCUUCCGGGUGUAGGGGGACGCGGCGUGAUUGGAGUGGAAAUUUUUUCUAACACAACAAAUGCAACAUAUUGAAAGGUGCACAAGACAGCCAGAGUACAAACGGGGGUGACUGAAUGAAACUUCUACUCUUCCUUCAGAUCUUUUAACCACUGGACUUCACUCAAACCCCAAUUACUUUUACUUCCCUUCGUUUUGGUACGGUCCUUAGAGUACGGAGCCUGCAGAGGGUCCCACGCUGGAGGAGAGAGAGGAGGAGUCGGAAGAGACAUUAGAGGUCACCCAAAGCAGCCGUCCCCUCUGCAGCCUCUGAAAAGUGCUUUUCAGGUUCAUACUUAAGGAUUCAUAACUUUCUUCUGAAGAACUGAAAGUGUCCAUGUGAACUAUUUUAUUUUAUCAUACAUCUUCCUGUGUGGUGUGGAAUAAGGAAGAGGCCAGCGAGAGCUUAAAAAGCACCCUCACUUCUAAGUCCAGUCAUCAUAGAAUAUCUGUUGUGAAGUUUGUGAGCUCAUGCAUACAAUGUUCACAUUUAAAGUUUGAGAAAAUAUACUUGUCAGAUGCCAUCUCACUCAAUCCUGCCUGGAACAUGAAUCAUCCUUUUGUCCAGUUAUCCACAAUUUUAUCCACCCAUUAUUUACUAGCCAUCUCAGUUAUCAGACUAUUAAGGUAUUAGAGGGCUUGUGUUAAAAUACCUUAUGUAGGAGCCUGAAGCCAUAUUGAUCAUCUCAUCAUAUAGGCCUUAUAUCAUUACAAGAAAGGUGAGUAUAGACUAAGUAGAUAUUUUGUCAGAUUCCAUUCAUAUAACUUCUAUUACAGUAUAUUUCAAUUAUUCUCUUAUUGUUAAUCUUACUGUGCCCAAUUUAUAAAUUAUUAUAGAUAUUCAUAGAAGCUGGUAGAAUUCUGGGAGGAGGAGGAGAAUUAACUGGAAAAGUACAUGAGGGAGAUUUCUAGAAUGACAGAGAAGUGCUAUAUCUUGAUAUGCAUUCAAAAAUAUGCCUCAUGUUUUUUGGGGGGGGCCAAGUUACCAGGGAUUGAACUCAGGGGCACUCAACCACUGAGCCACAUCCCCAGCCCUAUUUUGUAUUUUAUUUAGAGACAGGGCCUCAUUGAGUUGCUUAGCACCUCACUUUUGCUGGUGUUGACUUUGAACUUGCGAUCCUCCUGUCUUAGCCUCCCAAACUGCUGGGAUUAUAGACUUGUGCCACCAUGCCCAGCAUGCCUCAGUUUUGAAAAACUUAACCGGUAAGUAAAAGAGAAAUGCAAACAAACUGCAGUUUCUUAUAAACAAUGAUUAAAAUACUAAGCAACAUAAACUGUACAAUAUAUUUAUUGUAUAGUGAGAAGAAAAUUCAUAGCCCUAUAUUAAUGAAUAUGCUUGUCUCAGAAGCAAAAAGAACCAAAAAAAGCCAAAAGAAAACACACACACACACACACACAAAAAAAAAAAAGAAAAGUAGAAAUUAAUGAGUUAGGGGCUGGGGUUAAAGCUCAGUGAUAGAGUACCUGUCUAGCACAUGUGAGGCACUAGGUUCAAUCCUCAGCACCACAUAAAAAAUAAAUGAAUAAACAAAGGUAUUGUAUCCAUCUGCAAAUAAAAGAAAUUAAUGAGUUUACCAAAAAAAAAAAACUAUACAUCCAAUUAAUGAAUCAAUUCUGGGCCUUUAGGGGAAAAUUUGCAAGACAGAUAAACCAUUAACUAAUUUAAGAUGAGAAAAAGAACAAUAGAUAGACCAAGGGGAAUUCUGCCUGGGACAUCACAUCUUCCCAGUGCUACAUGACUACAGAAAAUCGAAGAGGAAAUUGUGAUUAUUUUUAGAAAUAAUACUGAUUUCUAAACCUUUGAUGGAGGUAAUGCAAAGAAAUGAAAACUACAGAUAAUAGUUAAGAAUAUCACUGUAAAAUUCUAACUAUUACGCAGUCUCUCGCACCACAUUAACUCAUUGUGUCCCAGAUGUGGAACACCUUUAAAAACUUAAAUUGAGCAACAAAUAUACCACUAAGGGUAACUGAAAUAAUAUGUGAAUGUUAUGUUCACAGAAUUAAAAACUUGUGACUUAAUGAAUUGUGUAAAAACAUCUUGGUGAAGCUUAUACUAGAAAUACAAAGAUAAUUUAGUGUUUGGGAACCUACAUAAUUUACUAUAUUAAUAGUUCUGAACAGAAAGAUUAUAGAUCUUGAAAAGGCCUGAGGCAAAAUUUUAACACCUAACCGAAAGUUUUGAGAAAACAGGAGUGGAUAAAUACUUCUUUAUUUAACAUGACUUUAUUUUCACAAAUAAGCACCUCAGUCCUAAAGCCAGCAUUUUAAUAAGAAACACAGUAACAAAGUAAGGGUGACUCUUUUCUACACUAUUUAGACUAGAACUCUGAGUCCAUACAUGCAGGAUGGAGAAAACAAGUCAGGCAUAAUACUGGAAAAAGAAAAAAUAAAGUUUCUUUGUUGGUGACAUGAUUGUUUUUAUGAAAAGCCAUAGAAAAUCAAUGGCCAAACUAUCUCAAGACAAUUUGAGAAUCUUAAAUAAUAAAUGUCCAUGUAGUGCAGAAAUAACCAGUUAAGACAAUACAACAACCAGGCAUGGUGGUGCACACCUAUAAUCCAAGCUAAUCAGUAAUUUGAGGCCGGAGGAUCUCAAGCUCGAGGCCAGCCUUGGCAACAUAGUGAGACCCUGUCUCAAAAAAAUAAAAUGACAAAAAACUAGCUCAGUGGUAGAGUGACCCUGGGUUCAAUCCCCAAAACUGCAAAAAAGGAAGGAAAAUAGAAAAGGUGGUACCACAAAAAGAAAAUCACACUUAUAAUAGGAACAACAAAAUACUUAAAAUUCUUAAGGAUGUGCUUUAACGAGAAUUGUUUUAAAAGCUAUGUGAAGCUUGGGGUCUGGGGUUGUAGAGCACUUGUUUAGCAUGUGUGAGGCACUAAGUUCGAUCCUCAGCACCACAUAAAAAAUAAAGUUAUUAUGUCCAUCUACAACUAAAAAAAAAAAAUUUUUUUUUUUUUUAAAUAAAACACUAUGUGAACCAAACUAUAAAGCAUUCCUAAAAGACAAGUUAAGCCAGGCACGGUGACACACGCCUAUAAUCCUAGCAGCUGAAGAGGCUGAAACAGGAGGACCACAAGUUCCAGACCAACCUCAGCAACUCAGUAUGGGCCCUAUCUCAGAUUUUAAAAAGGCGGGAUCUGGGGUUGUUGGCUCAGUGGUUAAGCAACCCUGGGUUCAAUCCCCAGUACCAAAAAGAAAACACAAGAUAAAUUUGAACAAAGGGAAAAGCAUCCAUUGUUCUUGUUUAAGACAUCUCAAUAUCAUCUAGUUGUCACAUCUUUCUAAGUUAAUUGAUAAAUUUGAUUAAAUCCCAAUAUAAAUUUUUUGGUAUAGAGUUGAACUAGUUAAUACAAGAAGUUCAUCUGGAAAAAGAAACAUGCAAGAAUAUGGAAACAUUAAAAGAGCUCUUUGAAGUGGAUCUAGCUCCAGCAGGUAUAAAAAUAUCCUGGAAAGCCUGUAAUUAUAAAAGCUAGGAAAUGGCACGUGACUAGACAAACAAAAAAGCCCUGCACCACCUAAUCUUUUAGUCAACAAGGAACCACAUGUACAAUAGUGGUACCAUAAGAUUAUAACGGUGCUGAAAUUUUCCUGUUGCUUAUGACAUUAUAGUAGCCACUAUAAUGUGGUAGCACAAUGUACUACGUGUUUGUGUUGAUGCUGGUGUAAACAAACCUACUGUAUUCUAGUGCUUUAAAAGUAUAUCACACACAGUUAUGUACACUACAUAAUGCUUAAUAAUAAAUGCCUGUGACUGGUUUAUGUGUUUACUAUGCUUUUUAUCAUUAUUUCAAAGUGUACAUGUUAUUUUUUUAAGUUCGCUGUUAAACAGUAUUCCAUGUUAUAUCAACAGUAGCCUCAUAAAUCUCAUGUUCACUGCAUCUUUCCAUCAUGCCAUUUUCUCUUCUACUUGAUUUAGUCACAUGUUGUUUUGCUCAUCGUGGCCCCUAAGCAUACAAAAUCCAUUGCUCAUAUUGCCACUGUGAGGCCACAUGGAGGGACUGACUUGAAAAUGAAACAAGUGAUUAAGCACUACAAAGGUGGAAAAUCAGUGAUGGUUAUUGCUCGCCAGUCAGGCAUGUCCCAUUCCUCCAUAGCCAUGAGCUUGAAGAACAAGAACAAAGAAGGAUCUGCUUCAUUGAAGGCAAUAAGACUACAAUUCAAGAAGGGUCUAUGUCUGAUGUGCAGGUACUUCUAAUGACCUGGAUUGAAGACCAAACACAGAAGCAUAUUCCUCUCAGUACCAUGAUGGUCAUGGCCAAGGCAAAAAGUUGGUGAUGAUGAAAGAAAAGGCUGGACCUGACCACAGUGUUGAAUUUACUACUAGCUUUGAGUGGCUGAAAUGAUUCAGAAAUCAUUAGUUCAUUGCAUUAUGUGAAAGUGAAUGACAGAACAUUCUUCACAAUCCAAAAGAAAAAGAAGAGACUCAUUCGGGAUGUUCGACGGUUAUGAUAGCUGCAGUGAGGACACAAGUAGCAGCUCCAGCUCCGAGGAGAGUGAAGAAGAAGUUGCUCCUUUACCUUCCAAUCUUCCAAUUAUCAAAAACAAUGGACAAGUGUACACAUACCCAGAUGGUAAAUCUGGCAUGGCCACCUGCGAGAUGUGUGGGAUGGUUGGUGUGCGAGAUGCCUUUUACUCUAAAACAAAACGUUUCUGCAGUGUUUCCUGUUCAAGAAGUUAUUCGUCAAACUCCAAGAAGGCAAGCAUUUUGGCCAGACUUCAGGUAACGGGUAAGCCUCCAACAAAAAAAGCAAAAGUUCUUCAGAAACAACCUUUAGUUGCUAAACUAGCUGCUUAUGCUCAGUAUCAAGCUACCUUGCAAAAUCAAGCAAAGACGAAAGCAGCAGUCUCCAUGGAAGGUUUCAGCUGGGGUAACUACAUCAAUAGCAAUAGCUUUAUAGCAGCACCAGUUACCUGUUUUAAGCAUGCACCUAUGGGGACCUGCUGGGGUGAUAUCUCAGAAAAUGUGAGAGUAGAAGUUCCCAAUACAGACUGCAGCCUACCUACCAAAGUCUUCUGGAUUGCUGGAAUUAUAAAAUUAGCAGGUUAUAAUGCCCUUUUAAGAUAUGAAGGAUUUGAAAAUGACUCUGGUCUGGACUUCUGGUGCAAUAUAUGCGGUUCUGAUAUCCAUCCAGUUGGUUGGUGUGCAGCCAGUGGAAAACCUCUUGUUCCUCCAAGAACUAUUCAACAUAAGUAUACAAACUGGAAAGCCUUUCUAGUGAAAAGACUUACUGGUGCCAAAACACUUCCUCCUGAUUUCUCACAAAAGGUUUCUGAGAGUAUGCAGUAUCCUUUUAAGCCUUGCAUGAGAGUAGAAGUGGUUGACAAGAGGCAUUUGUGUCGGACACGAGUGGCGGUAGUGGAAAGUGUAAUUGGUGGAAGAUUGAGACUAGUGUAUGAAGAGAGUGAAGAUAGAACAGAUGACUUCUGGUGCCAUAUGCACAGCCCCUUAAUCCAUCACAUUGGUUGGUCUCGAAGCAUAGGCCAUCGUUUCAAAAGAUCAGAUAUUACAAAGAAACAGGAUGGACAUUUUGAUACACCACCACAUUUAUUUGCUAAGGUAAAAGAAGUAGACCAGAGUGGGGAAUGGUUCAAGGAAGGAAUGAAAUUGGAAGCUAUAGACCCAUUAAAUCUUUCUACAAUAUGUGUCGCAACCAUUAGAAAGGUGCUGGCUGAUGGAUUCCUGAUGAUUGGGAUCGAUGGCUCAGAAGCAGCAGAUGGAUCUGAUUGGUUCUGUUACCAUGCAACCUCUCCUUCUAUUUUCCCUGUCGGUUUCUGUGAAAUUAACAUGAUUGAACUUACUCCACCCAGAGGUUACACAAAACUUCCUUUUAAAUGGUUUGACUACCUCAGGGAAACUGGCUCCAUUGCAGCACCAGUAAAACUAUUUAAUAAGGAUGUUCCAAAUCAUGGAUUUCGUGUAGGAAUGAAAUUAGAAGCAGUAGAUCUCAUGGAGCCACGUUUAAUAUGUGUAGCCACAGUAACUCGAAUUAUUCAUCGUCUCUUGAGGAUACAUUUUGAUGGAUGGGAAGAAGAGUAUGAUCAGUGGGUAGACUGUGAGUCUCCUGACCUCUAUCCUGUAGGGUGGUGUCAGUUAACUGGAUAUCAACUACAGCCUCCAGCAUCACAGUCAUCAAGAGAAAGCCAAUCAGCUUCAUCAAAACAGAAGAAAAAGGCUAAGUCCCAGCAAUACAAAGGACAUAAGAAAAAGAGGAAGAUGCCAGUUGGGAAGAAGCCUGUCAGUUUGUCGAGCCUGCCCAUGACAGGCGGGGUGCGGAGGAGCUUCUCUGGUGACGAAGAGUUGACUCCUCCUCCAUACCGAGCCCUGCCAGCACAGACAGCCCCAGAGGCCUUCCCACCUCCCAGCACUAGCCGAGAGUUCAGGCCCAGCCUCAAAACAGUGACUACGUUGCAGCUGAAGGAGGAGUUGCUAGAUGGAGAGGAUUACAACUUCCUCCAAGGAGCAUCUGAUCAGGAAAGCAAUGGCUCUGCCAACUUCUACAUCAAACAAGAGCCAUGAGGUGGCUCAGAAACUGAGGGUGGGAGGGGAAAAAUUUUACACAGAACUGAUUUAUAAUCAAUCCAGCUGUACAGCGGGCUAUUCUACUGGGACAUUUUGCUAAACACAGAAAAUUUCAGUUCCAGAUUUUUCAGGUGGGUAGGGAAACUAUUUUAGCUGGGUGGGGGGGGAAAUUUUUCAAUUUAUAAAAAGAUGGACAAUUUUUGUGUUGUAUUUGAAGCUUUUGAAAGAAUUUUGUAAUAUUUUCCAAGUUUGGAUUUAUGUGCAUUGUUAACAAGAACUGAAAAUCUUAACUUUUUUGGUAAGAUUAAAGUUUAGGUAGCAGGAUUGAAGGAAAUGAUUUAAGAAGGAUAUAGUUGUAAAUGCAAAUGAACUGUCAUUACAAAUGAACCUUUUUGGUACCUGUUGGGAGAUUUUUGGAUUUUAGAAGUUAAGCCAGUCACAUCUCCAGCUUCCUUUGCUGCAGAAAUAUGCAACUGAACCCCUCAUGGAGGGCUCAUCACCAUGUAGAUCACGGAAGGGGUAAUUAAUUCUGCUUGAUGGCAUUUUAUUGCAGCCCAUUUUAAUGUUUGUACAGAAAUGUUUUUCAUUCUGUGAAAAUUUAUUUGGAGUUCUAUAUGAAACUGGAAGAACUCUGGAUACAUUUAUGUGUUCUUUUAAGUAAAAAAUGAUUCAAAUUAUCCUAACACUAAAGUGUUUAAACUGGAAUGGUUGACAAGAUAUACAGGAUCUCGAUAUUGCGGGGUUAGGGAAUACAUAUUGUGGGGUUAGGGAAAAUGCAAUAUUAUCCUAAGUUUAUUUUCUUUUCCUUGCUAAAAUAAACCUCACAAAAAGGGAUUCUGAUUAGUUCUCUGCCAUUUCCCUCCAUCUGUGAGAUAGCAACUUGGCAUGACCACACCCCAAAACAGAUGUUCUAUAUUACCAAAACAAUCAAAAGUUGUUCAAAGCCGAAAUAGGUUUAGAUUUCAAAAUCAUUCCAGCUCCACAUUUAACUAGCUUGGAUUUGUUAGAAAACUAAUUUGAAAGAGAAUUUUAAUUUUCAUGCAAUUCCUAUAUCUAGUAUGAAUUAUCUUUAUUUGUAGUCAGAAUUUAUUUUAACAGUAAUAACAGUAAGUGAUUUGGACCAUUUUGAACAUUCCCUAUUUUAAAAUUCACAUGGCUUCCUUUAAAAUUAGGGUACAAGGGUAAAUUGGUGAAAGGUUUGCUGUUUUCUUACCUUCUACCGAGUUGUGACUGAAUGAGAGAGCUCUAGCGUUUACCAGUGAGGUUCAUAAACUAAACUCUCAGGAAUUCAUUGCAUCUGUUGUAGAAGUGCUUCUGGGUCUUAGCCUGGCCUCUUCAGAGUGAUAAUACUGACCAUCUCCUCUGGAAUAUAGGCAGGGCUAAUUAGAAAUUAAUCAAAAUGAUUAACCUCUACAGUCCUUCAGCCUAUGAAAUGCUUUAAAAAAUGUUAGAAAGUCCCAGGAGACCAUUUUAGGUAAGAUUUUUGUUUGAAUUUUAAAAUGCAUAGAACGUUUAAAACCAGCAAUUUAUUUUCUAAAAUAUUGCUCUACUUUUGGGAAUAAUAGCAUUGGUAAUACGCACAGGUUUACCUCAUUCUAUGCAAGAGGGGUUAAUAUCAUAAGAUUUUGUAGUAGCUACUGGAAGUAAAAUGUGUUACUUUAUAAUGUAAGAAUGUAUGGAAUCGCAUGUCACCAUUUCUUAAUACUGACUCUUUGGGGGCAUAAAUGCAGAUCACAUCAACGCAAGUUGAUUCUCGUGUCAAAUAUAUGUGAAUUCAGCUGUAAAUUACUGGAUAUCUUAAACAACAUUGCUGAGAGGGACCUACCAUAAAUGUGACAUCCUCACACUUCCCAAAUCUUGAACUUUGAAGAAUCUUCCCGUAAACUUAAAGCCUAGAAGAGUUCCAAGGCAAAGGGUACAGCAGUCUUUAUUCUCAGGCUCAGUGGAUUAAAUACAGGACUGUGGCUCCAUGAUGUAGGCUCAAGAAGCCUGUGGUGUACCUUGGGUGUAGGGAUCCUCUGGGGAACUGAAUAAACCAAGAGGGGUGUGAUUUGGAGCCAACCAGUCCUGGUAAUUUGUUCUGUGAAUGCUCAUCUGUAGCCAGGUUUUAUAAGCUUCCAGUUCUGUAGCAAAAACCAGGCUCUGAGUGUUUUAGGAUUUCCUACAUACUCAUGAAGUGUUUUUUGUCUUGAUCCAGUGACCAACAGUUAAGGGUUGGUAAGGACUUCCUACGGUCUAAACACAACCUGAAGCCCUCCUCAUUACUCAUACUCUAACUCCUGCUGCUGAGAACAGAAAAUAAGUCAAUGCAGAGGAGAUAUAUGUCUCAGCCAUAACUCUUGAUUGUACAACUCAGUAGACCCAUUCUCUUACGGUUCACAGUGUACUGCUGACCUUGGGUUUGUUUUUGUUUUUGUUUUCCUGUUAGGAUUACUUGGGGACUUUUGGUAGUUUAAACUCUUUAACCUUUUCCUUGCUGUGUAUGAGGAAAGCUAAAGCUGUUAUCAACUUCUUAUUCUACGGAUACUAACACGGGUUUUCAGUGUUUGUUUGUUUUUAUUAUUAUUAAUUUUGUGUGAUGUGAAUACCCUCUCCCAUCAAUAUUUGUAUUAUGGUGCUAUAUAUUUGGUAAUGAUCCUUUAAUAUUGGGAAGGGAUUUUAAAAAUACUGUGAUUAAACUGGGUUUCUUCCUUUGAUUUUCAUAUUUUAAAUAAAGCCACAGUCAUUUAUACAAAAGAAAAGCAUCUCUCUGUUCCUAGGCAAAUCUUUUGAGGACAGAGAUCAAAGUAAACUGCAUAAGGUUUUUACAUCAUUUCUGUAUGUAUUUGAUAUAUAGAUCAAUAUCUGUACAAAUUUAAUCUUUUAUUUUCUGGUAACUUGUGAUCAUUGAGAAAGUGUUUGAAACUUUCUCAUGAAGUGUAUAUAAUGGCGUGAAAAAUUCCUUCAGAGAAAUUUAUGUUCCUUUCAUUUUUACCAAAUUGCAAAUUUUCAGCAUGGAUGUGAAAAGCAUUAAAAUUAUAACUUUGUGUACAAGAUUAAAAUAAUUCACUAAAUUUGCCCUUUUUUACACAAAAUAAAAUGUUAAAGUUAAGCUGUA